AUGGUUUCUGAUGAUUGAUUUUUUUUAAUUUAACUAACAAAAAAUAUAAAUUUUCUUUUUUUUGCCGAGCAUUUUACUAUUUAUUUAAUUUGUUGUUAGAAAUUAUAAUAUUAGGAAAAACUAUAUUAAGUUAUUGAGUAUGUGAGUACUUUAGAUCAUUGUAAUGUCUACCAAAUACGUGAAUAUAGCGAGUUAAGUGUGUAAUGAAGCAAUAAACAAAAGGAUCGAUACUAUAAUACAGCUGACAACAGUUCACGAAUGGAAACCAAGUUGUGAACAUUUAAUACAACAAUCUGUAAUUGAUAUGGAGGAAAUAGACGCAUGGGAAGACUUGUCCAACAUACCAGCUGAUCCACCUGUGAAACGAGACCUAUGUGAAAAGUGCAAGAGACCGUCUGUUGUUUGUUGGUGUUCAGCAUUGCCACCUCAGAGACUGAAUCCUAGAAGCAAUAUUAUACUAUUACAACAUCCAGCUGAAGAGAAACGGUGUCUCCGCACUGCGCCUAUGUUGCAACUAGGUCUAGCUGAAAAUAAAUGUUACAUAUUCAAAGGGAAAAGAUUUCCUGCCUCUAGACACCAGAACUUAGAAAAACUGUUAAACCAACCAAACACAAUUCUAUUAUACCCUAGCAAAACAGCUGUAGAUAUUAAUGAGCUUGAACAUGACUUUACAUCAUACAAUCUGGUUUUAAUUGAUGGAACAUGGCCACAAGCUAAAGCAAUAUACUCUUCAAGCCCUAUUCUACAUAGAAUAAAACAAGUGAAACUCAUUACGACAAGUAUAAGUAAUUAUAUAAUAAGAACUCAACCAACAGAAGGUUGUUUGAGUACGUUAGAAACGGCAGCAGAAGCUUUGUCACAACUAGAGAGUGAUCCUGUUUAUAGAGAACAAUUGAUUGAACCUUUACAUAUGCUAUGUAAAUUUCAGCUAGAUAAUGGGGCAGUUACACAUCAGUCGAAAGAAUUUUUGUUAAAAACAAAAACAUAUCCAAAAUUAAUUGGAAAAAGGUUGUCUAAGUUGUUAAAGUCUACAAAUGAAUAUAUUAUAGAUUAAGUUUAAAAUCAUUUAUUUGAUAAGAUUUUCUAUUGCAUAGAAAUAUAGUUAUUAAAUACCUGA